AUGAUUCAUACUAAUAGAAGAUCAAAUGAUAAAACAAAUAUCUCUUCUUUUUUAUCCGAACUACAGCCAGUAACAUGGACAUGUAAUUCAUUUACACCGGUUUAUGAUAAAUCGUGUACUCUUAAUGAUUCAUCAUCAUCAUUAUCAAGUACUGAAUCAAUAUCAUCACAUGAUCAUAAUAAUGCAAGUCUUCAUUCAAUAUUACCUCUUACAAAACAAACUUUAAUAACCGGUGAAGAUAAUCAAGUGGAAACGAAUAUAUCUACAUUUACUCAUCAAAAUCAAUAUACAUCUACACUUCAUGAAUUAUUUCAUGAAUUAACACUUUGUCAACAAAAACAAAAAAUUUUAUUACAAAAAAUUCAACAAUUAAUCAAACAAUCAAAACAGAAAUCUUCAUCUAGUCGUCCUUCUUCUUCCCUGACAUUUUUUUUACCAUUGAAUGAUAAUAGUAAAAAUAUUUCUUCACUUCAACAUGCAUUUCAACAACGGAAAUCUUCAUUUAUUCAACAAUCAAGAAAACGUGUUAACGAUAUUUAUCAUCAUCAUAAUAAUAAACAUCAUCAUCAAAGAAUUAUACCAAAUAUAAAACAAACAAAUAAUACAUAUUUACAAGAAAGACGACAAAAUGAACAUAAUCGUUUAUGUACAAUGAUAAUAAAACAUCAAAAUCGACAGAAUGCGAAAAUAUAUGGAAAUUUUAUUAAAAAUCAAUUGUGUCAUAAUUAA